AUGUCUAUCACAGCUGUGGCAGAGACUUCGUCCCCAGUCGCCCAGUGCCCACUUAUGCAACAAGGUCCCAAACGUCUGGAAAAUAAAAAUAAGGAAGAAACCCAUUUACGGGCGACCCAGGGGAAGAACAUCUCCCCCGGAGUGUGGGGCUCCCAGGCCGCUGUCGGCCCGGACUACCCACUAAAACCUCCUGCGGCGUUUUCCGUCCGACCGUUAAUGGGGGCGCCAUGGGAUCGCGGACAUUUCACCACGACGCCCCCCGAAACCACGACGCCCCCCGUCACCACGACGCCCCCCGUCACCACGACGCCCCCCGUCACCACGACGCCCCCCGACACCACGACGCCCCCCGUCACCACGACGCCCCCCGUCACCACGACGCCCCCCGUCACCACGAUGCCCCCCGUCACCACGACGCCCCCCGACACCACGACGCCCCCCGUCACCACGACGCCCCCCGUCACCACGACGCCCCCCAUGCCUUUAGGCGACUUGAAUAAAAUCACCAGUUGUUGA